AUGCCGAAAAACCGCCCUGCCACGUCGGGCUACGCUCGCCUCGCUCAGGAGGAGGAGGAACGCGGCUACCUCCACGACGACUCGGAAGACGAUGAGAUUGCCGUCGCAUCCUCGACAAUCUCGGCCUCCGCCCCUCGUUAUGCCCCCAUCUCAUCGCGAGCCCAGAUGCAGGCGUCCGGUCUCUCUACGCCUCCCGGUCAUCGACGCAGGCAUAGUCAAUACCACCGGCGCGGCCGUCGCAACUCCGGUGUCGAUAUCAAGGCAAUUAACGCACGUCUGGAACGGUGGGCGGAUGAAAUUGCCUCCAAGUUCAAGAUCAACCGCGUCAAGGGCAAGACCUUCGAGGAAGAAAAGCUCGAGAUCUAUCAUUCGGUAUUCCAGGCUCCGCCUGGCGUUCGCGCCGUGACUGCGGAAGAGCUGGAAUCGGAUGAGUUUGAGGGCCAACAACGAAGAGCCCGGGCCGAGUUUGAGGAAAUCAUCGAGAGUGUGCGCCUGGCAAUUGAGAUGGAUGUCCACCCACGCAUGAUUGCACAAGGUAGUUCGGGCAGUUAUUUUGCCCGCAAUCCCGAAGGCAAAGUCGUUGGUGUGUUCAAACCAAAGGAUGAGGAGCCAUAUGCCUCGCGAAACCCCAAAUGGACCAAGUGGGUUCAUCGCAACCUGUUCCCUUGCUUCUUCGGCCGAGCCUGCCUUAUUCCCAACCUUUCCUACGUCUCCGAAGCCGCCGCUUACGUUCUCGAUGCCCGCCUUCGAACAAACAUGGUUCCCUACACCGAUAUCGUCUAUCUGUCCUCCAAAUCCUUCUUCUACGACUUUUGGGAACGGCGCAAGGCAUGGAAGGGGAAGAAAACGUUGCCUCCAAAGCCAGGUAGCUUCCAGGUAUUCUUGAAAGGAUACAAGGAUGCCAACAUCUUCCUUCGCGAACACCCUUGGCCCGAUCAAACCAACACGGGCUUCCGUGCCCAAGAUGCGCCGAAGCGCAAGAAGCGGCCAUGGAACGAGGCAUGCCGCCCGUCAGGCGCGCAAUCCGACGAUGAAGACGAGGAUGAGAACGGCUACAUGCCGUCGCCAAACCCACGCGACGAAAGCCGCGAGCGGCGAUUCAACUGGACGGAAAAUUUGAAGCAGUCAUUCCGGGAAGAGUUGGAAAAGCUGGUCAUUCUGGACUAUAUCAUGCGCAACACGGACCGUGGUUUGGAUAACUGGAUGGUUAAGAUCGAUUGGGGUACUGAACAGGUGUCGAUUGUGGCGGACCCUCCGAAGAGCACCGAGCCUACACCUAAACACGACGACGACGAACUUAUGCCACCGGCUCGCCCAGUCUCCGUGAAUUCAAAUGGUUCGCAUCCAUACAAGCGCCAGGAGACGAUGAUGGCAGUCAGUCGCACGGGGACACCUUUGGCCUCCUCGGAGCAGCAGGCUUCCGUUCAAGUGGGUGCCAUUGACAACAGCCUCUCGUGGCCAUGGAAACACCCGGAUGCCUGGCGAAGCUUCCCAUUCGGAUGGCUCUUCCUGCCGGUUUCUUUGAUUGGACAGCCUUUCUCGCAAAAGACCCGUGACCAUUUCCUACCCUUGUUGACAUCUACUGCCUGGUGGAGCGGAACCCAAAUGGCUCUGCGCCAAGUGUUUGCCCAAGAUGACGACUUUAAAGAAAGCAUGUUCGCGCGUCAAAUCGCAGUGAUGAAGGGUCAGGCCUGGAACGUUGUCGAGACCUUGAAGCAACCGGAUCACGGCCCGCUCGAGUUGACCCGAAGAACUCGGGUUUGCGUGUGGGACGACUUGGUGGAUGUGCCCGUUGCCAUCCCAAUGCGAGCUCCUUCUAUGGACGCGCAGAGACGCCAAGCCACGAAUUAUGACUAUAACGAAGAGGAAGAAAUGGAUAUUGGCGCGGCAAUCUCUUCUAAUACCGAGAACACUCAUGACCUCCUUGGUUUGGACUCGGGCCCGACUGAUCUUCCCAACCCGAACCGCUUUGAACUCAACCGCGGCCAAUCGGACAGAGAGUCGAUUGGUAGCCCUGGGACCUUGAAUGACGGUGACUUUGCGCGCCGGACCGGAGAUGGCGCUUACGCUAGAUCUUUGGACGGAUGGCCAUCGCUACCCGCUCGACCGACCAAACCCCGUAAGCACGGUGGCUCUGUGUCUUUCCGUGUGCCUCAUGUCAACACCUUUGGCAGUGAUGAUCUCGAGGGUGAUCUUGGAUAUGCGGCUGCUGAGGGCAUGGAAGGCAACCAGCGCAAAGUCAUCGUGGAGCGCUUGGAAGCCGUCAAGAGCAAAAACCCAGUCUUCACUUGGUGCUAA